AUGUUCGAGGUCCUUCAUCUGAUGAGUGCACCCAAGCUUUCCAGCGGAAUUCUGAGAUACAUUUUUCGGUACGCGCAAUUUAUUGGAGCGAUCUUUUUCUGUCUACACAAUAAAAAGGACGAGGAAACUGUAUUCAAUCGCAACUGGCUCAAGUGGCUGAAUGUUACGCAUCGGAUAUUAACCUUCUGCAGAUUCUUUUGGGUCUAUUCGGCGGCCACAUCAAUGAAGAUAAAUCGCGUUCAAAAAAUUCUUUGUGGUAUGCGACUUGUACUGAGCAUUCCCAACGUUGUAGUAAUCUUGGCCUACCACAUUUUUCGAGGCCCAGAAAUAAUCGAUCUUGUCAACCAGUUUUUGCGUCUCCUUCGACAAGUGAGUGAUUUAUUUAAACCGAAAACACCUGGAUUUGGCGGCAGACGAGAAUUAAUGCUACUGAAUUUGAUUUCCUUCGCCCACGAGCAAACAUAUCAGUGGUUUACCAUACGAAAAGUAUUUUCUUGGAGGUUCUUAAUCGAUUGGUGGUGCGACUUUUACAUAGUCAGUGCCACCAAUUUAUUCAGCCACAUCUAUUUUAUCGGCCAUCUCAGCCUGGGUGUUCUUUAUUCCGAGGCCAACAAAUAUGUUUAUACAAACUUGCGAAUUCAACUACAAAAGUCAAAUAGCUAACGAAAAAUACGAAGAGUACAAAAUGGUCUGAACAAAUGCAUAAGCUUGUACGGAGAGAUUUAUAAUACCAGCCUAUUGUUUCACAACCUAUUUGAUCUUCCCCUUUUGCUGGCACUGAUAUAUAAGGUUGUACUAAUCGCCAUGAUCGGCCUGAAUGUGGCUGUAAAAUUUUAUAUAAACAGCUUCGUUUUCUGCAUACUUUUGGUCAAACACGUGUUAGAUCUUUUUCUCGUAACUGUCUCAUUUCAGGGUGCUGUUAACCAAUAUUUGAACAUUGGAUUGGAGUUUGGAAAUGUCGGUGAUCUAAGCAAAUUUCAAACUACGCUGGAUACUUUGUUCAACCAUCUAAGGCUUUGCCACUUUCGAGUCAGCAUUUUGGCUCUAUUUGAUGUCUCCAACAAGUUUUACUUGAGCUUCUUAUCAGCACUCGUAUCUUGGCCAGCUUUUAUUGCAUAAUACAGAAUGCAGAUGGGAAAAGGUUAG